GAGCAUUGUCAAUUUCUUAUCCACACACUUAAAGACGAUGAUGAACCCUAAUUAAUUAUAUCCCUCGGAUACAUAAAAAAAAUUCCAAUUCCAAAGCUUCUUUUAACUCAUUAAACAAAGCUUUCUCGCUCUUUCUCUUCUCCACCAACCUUUCCCUUUUUUAACUUUUUCCUCCUUUCGCUCUGCUUUCUAUUUAUGAAAGUUGGUUUCUCUCUCUGUGAAUAACCCAUUGUCCUCCUCCUCCUCCUGUGAAACCCUAACGGUCGAAUACGAAGAUGGGUUUCCAUUGUCUCUUCGGCUUCUCCAUCUUUUUCCUUCUCCUCUCACAUUCUACUGUUCUCUCCAGAAUCUUACCAGAGACCCUCAAAACGACGUCGGUUCUUGAUGUCGCCGGCUCCAUUCAGACAGUCAAGGAAAUAGCGUCUUUAAGCCAUGAGAUGACGGCGUUUCGGUUGAACCAACAGGAAGAACAGAGUCCAGCGUCGUCGCCGCUUAGCUUGAAACUGCAUUCCCGAGCUUCGGUCCGGGAGAAUGAACAUCGAGACUACCGGACCCUUACACUGUCCCGACUCGAGCGCGACUCAGCCCGAGUCAGAUCUCUCGUGACUCGUCUAGGUCAGGCAGUCAACGGGGCGUCGCUGGCGGAUCUCAUGGCGAAGACCACCACGGCGGAGAUCGAAGGGCCGGUGGUAUCCGGCACGAGCCAGGGUAGCGGCGAGUACUUCUCACGGGUCGGAAUCGGAAACCCACCUCGUCAGGUUUACAUGGUCAUCGACACCGGCAGCGAUGUGAAUUGGUUACAGUGCGCUCCCUGCGCCGACUGCUACCAGCAAGCCGACCCAAUCUUCGAUCCUCUGUCUUCGUCUUCCUACGCUCCCCUCUCCUGUUUCACCCCUGAGUGUAAGGCCCUCGACGUGUCCGAUUGCAGGAACCAAUCAUGUCUGUACGAGGUUUCGUACGGCGACGGGUCGUAUACGGUCGGCGACUUUGUCACGGAGACACUCACGAUCGGGUCUGCCUCUGUGGAGCACAUCGCCAUCGGUUGCGGCCACAGCAACGAAGGUCUCUUCGUCGGCGCCGCCGGGUUGCUCGGACUCGGCGGCGGGUUGCUGUCUCUACCGUCGCAGCUCAACGCGACGUCGUUCUCGUACUGUCUCGUGGAUCGUGACUCGGACUCGGCGUCGACUCUCGAGUUCGGCUCGUCUCUUCCUCCGAACACCGUCGUGGCUCCAUUGCUGCGGAACCACCAGUUCGACACGUUUUACUACCUGGGUCUCACCGGAAUCAGUGUGGGCGGCGGUUUGCUGCCGAUUCCCGAGUCAGCUUUCCAGAUGACCGAGACAGGAACCGGCGGGAUCAUAAUCGACUCGGGAACCGCCGUGACUCGUCUGCAAACAGAGAUAUACAACUCGCUGAGGGACUCGUUCGUGAAGGGUACGCCGGAUCUCCCGACAGUGAGCGGCGUGGCGCUUUUCGACACGUGCUACGAUCUGUCGGGGAAGACGAAGGUGGAGGUUCCGACGGUGGCGCUCCAUUUUCCCGGCGGGAGGAUGCUGCCGCUACCGGCGAAGAAUUGCCUGAUUCCGGUGGAUUCGAAGGGGACGUUCUGCCUGGCGUUUGCGCCGACGGCGUCGUCGCUGGCGAUAAUCGGCAACGUGCAGCAGCAGGGGACACGUGUCACUUUCGAUCUGGCGAACUCCGUCAUUGCAUUCUCGUCCAAUAAGUGCUAAGUUGUCAGAUUUUUUAUAGUUUAAGAUUUCCCGAGGGAAAGAAGAUGAAUUGGAUUUCUCGUCGCUGGCUUAAAUUACUGUUUUAACCUUGCGGUUAAGAAGAAGUAAAUGUGGAUCUUGUUCUUGUGUUUGUAA